AUGGAACGCCUUGGAUCACAACCUGACCAUAACAACGAAGUACAGGAUUCUCGCACCAACCACCACGAUGAGUCCUCACCCUUAUUACCAUCCAUCCUUCGAGGUCACGUCGCCGAAGAAGGUGAAUCAGGACGCCGUGGCUUUCAUGUCCGCCACUUCCUGAACGUGUCUUACACCUCUUCCAACAUUGUCUCGAAAUAUGUCAACCUUCUCUGGCCAUUCGUGCCAAUCGCCAUAAUCCUGCGUUAUGCCAUGCCAAAGGCACAUCUGUGGAUCUUUGCCAUGAGCUAUAUUGGCAUGAUACCUUCGGCGAAUCUUUUGGGCUUUGCGGGUCAGGAGUUUGCAAAGAAAAUGCCAAAGGUGGCAGGUAUCCUGAUUGAGACGACCUUUGGCAGUAUCGUUGAGAUUAUCCUGUUCAUGGUUCUGAUCGUGCAGCAUAAGAACCAGGAGGAUGAUGAAGGGAGUGGUGACGAGGGAAACCUGAUUCCCAUCAUUCAAGCUGCCAUUCUGGGCUCGAUCUUGACUAACCUGCUCUUGUGUUUAGGUCUCUGCUUCUUCGUGGGAGGCAUCAGACAACAGGCACAGAAGUUUCAUGCUGUAGUCUCCGAGACUGGUUCUGGUAUCCUGCUCGUUGCAGGCUUUGGCUUGCUGAUCCCAAGUGCCUUCUACAGCGCUCUAAAGGGAGAGACAGUCACCGAGGUCUCUGGAAAGCUGCGAAUACUACACGAAAAGUUCACGCAGGAGACUUUACAAAGGGACAUCUUGAGAAUCAGCCAGAUCACGAGUAUCGUGCUCAUUAUCGCGUUUGGAUUCUUCUUGUGGUACAAUGCUCGAAGCUCGCACAGUCUCUUCGACGAGGUCAUUGAGCAGGACGAGCACGCAGACUUGGAUCGACACCAUGAUGAGGCUCGAAUGAGAUUUACAGGGACUGAAACCACCGUCGCCCUCAUCCUCUCCCUUGUCAGCGCAACCCUCCUCCUCAUCUACCUCGUCGAACAAAUCGAACACGUCGUCCAUACCGGCGUCCCCGACCAAUUCCUCGGCCUCAUCCUCCUCCCUCUCGUCGAAAAAGCCGCCGAACACCUCACCGCCAUCGACGAAGCAUGGGACGGCGUCGCCAACGUCGCGCUCUAUCAUUGUCUUGGACCUUCAAUACAAACGGCACUCUUCAACGGCCCGCUCGUGGUGCUUGUGGGCUGGAUGCUGGGGAAACCGAUGGAUCUGAAUUUCGAGAUCUUCAUGAUUGUGUUGUUGGUGUUGAGUAUUAUUGUUGUGGGAAAUUUCUUGAGAGAUGGGGAGAGUAAUUGGUUGGAGGGGGCGUUGUUGGUGGUCGUCUACGCCAUUAUCGCAAUCGCUUCUUGGUACUACCCGAAUCCAGACGUUGCGACCUCGAACGGACUAGGCGACAUGGCAGGUCAGAACGUGACGAUCAGUGCUGAAGUGCUUAGAGGUUUGCUCGCCAAGCUCAAUAUGUGA